GUGUCUUGCCUUUUCCGAUAAGCCCGGUCAUUGUUCGAAUGGGGAACAGCAACAACAAUCCUUCUUCUUCUUCUACUUCUUCACAACCACUUUGAGUUCAACUCACCCUUGUGCUUUUCUUCUUCUCUCUUUCUGUUUAGUGUUUUAGUCUUUACCUUUCGCACACAAAAACACAUACACACACUUGUCUCUCUCUAGAAAUCACGCAAUUCUCAUAUACCCCGAUUUUUCUUUCACUUUCUUUCCAUUUAUCACCCACCAAACUACCAACUUAAUGUUUCUUUUUGCUAAGAGAGAAGCACAAACAAACUGUAAGUUUCAACCAAACUCCAAAUUCACCUUUAACAAAAUGCUAGCAUAUGUUCUUUGGUAGUGGAUUUCAGGUGCUCUUGAGAGUUGAGACAUAAGAAAAGACCAUUUGGGAAAUUCAACAAUCUCCUGAAAUCAGGCAGCAAAAUAAGUGAACCUUGCAGUGCCUGAUGUUGAGAGAAUCUGCACCCUUCCAAUAAUCAAAGGGCUUAUUUAGAGCCACAUAUCAUCCUUGAAAAUUUCCCAGCCAAUUUGGCGCCAAAUGUUGGACCUUUCUACAUGACUUUGCAACCACGUUGAAGGAAGCCACAAUUGUCUCAUAUUUUCAUCCUCUGGAAGGGUGAGUGAGAGGGUGCUGAGUCUGAAACCUAGUUCAGUGUUCUGCUUUUGAAACUGCAAAAAGCUAAACAAGGGCCUCCUGAUUUGGACCGUGAUAUAUCAGAGCGUGAAAAAGGCCUUUCUAUCACUACCCAACCAAAGCAGUCUCUGAAUUAUCAUCAUCAUCAAUGCAAAGGACUUAGUAGACAACCCCACACACUUGCACUCUUUUUUCUCUCUCUCUCUACACAAGUGUAACAUAACAUACAUAACAUACAUAACAUAAAGAGAGAGACAAAAAAAGUGUGUGUUUUGUGCAAGGCAUGAUUGUGAUAUGGAGGAGGAGGAUGAGAUUCUUCAAGCACGGGCGUGUAAGUUGCCAAGAAGAAGAGGCAGUGAUGGGGAGAGCACGAACAGCAGGUUCCACAGCAGCAGCUGGCACCACCACAACUCUUCGAGGAUCAUAAGGGUGUCUCGAGCAUCUGGUGGCAAAGACAGGCACAGCAAGGUUAUGACUUCAAAAGGGUUGAGAGAUAGAAGGGUUAGGCUUUCUGUGAACACUGCCAUUCAGUUCUAUGACCUUCAAGAUCGCUUGGGUUAUGACCAACCUAGUAAAGCUGUGGAGUGGCUUAUCAAAUCUGCUUCUGAUGCCAUUUCUGAACUUCCUUCUUUGAACAAUUUCCCUGACACUCCCCAAAGUGAUGAUCAUGAGAAGAGGGAAAACACCGCUGAUGUUGCUGUUGGGGUAGUAGAUGGUGAGAAUGGCAAUGGCCAGAACUUGAGUUUGGCUAAAUCUGCUUGUAGUAGCAAUUCUGAGACUAGCAAAGGUUCUGGCUUGUCCCUCUCAAGGUCUGAUAUUCGUGUGAAGGCUAGAGAGAGGGCAAGGGAGAGAACAACAAAGGAAAAGGAGAAAGAGAAAGAGAAAAAUGAUGAGUCUCAUCGUCAUCAUCACAAUGUUGUUGUUGUUCCUCAUCACAACCACAAUGUGAACCUCGUUUCACAAACAGCUUCUUUCACGGAGCUACUCACUGGCAGUGAUCCCAACAAAGGGUGUGAUGAGGCUAAUAACAACAUGAUGUUCAACAAAGCAGCAGGUAGACUGCAAUGGUGUUCAUCAACGACACCUAUGGACUACUUUCUGGGGCUUUCCUCUUCUAGAACAACGACACACAAUCACAAUCACCUUCAUCAUCAUCAAUAUUCUUCUUCUUCUUCUAGUGGGUUCUCAUUGGCACAAAUCCAACUAGGACAUUCUCUUCCUGAGGCAAUGAAUCAUGUUUCAGCAUUCAACAACAAUGUGAGUGGUGAUAACCACAACCACUCAUCAUCAGAUCCUCAUCUGCAGCAGCAACACUUGUCAUUGAUACCGGAUCAUCUUAUGUCAGCUGUGGUUACUUCUUCUGCUGCUUCUUCUCAUCAUCAUCAUCAUCAGCCCAGCGGGAACGAUUACAAUCUGAACUCCACCAUGUCUUCGGGCCUCGCUGGUUACAAUAGGGGGACCCUUCAGUCCAAUUCUCCGUCUCUGCUGCCUCACUCGCAGAGGUUUUCGCCUAUAGACGGAUCCACUGUACCUUUCUUCAUUGGAGCUGCUUCUUCUGCUGCUGCAGUUGCUGCUCCUGCCAUGGAGAACAACAACAACAACAACAACCAUCACCAGCAUCAGUUCUCUUCUGUUUUUGAUGGCAGCCGCUUGCAACUUUACUAUGGCCAUUCUGACCAGAAGGGGAAAGCCAAGAACUGACUUUUGGAUUGCUCCAUUUUCCUCCUGGACUUAAAGCUUGCUUUUGCCAAAAGGGAUGAGAUGGCGUUGUCAUCAAGUGUUGGUAUUUCUUGUUGGAAUAUUUUAAGUCAUUCAAUUACAUUCAGUAUUUGGAUAAAUAUUAUAUUGAUCUAUGCUUGCGAGAUCAUUGUGUGUUUAUGGAGAAAUGUAAAAGCUACUUGAUUCAAGAUAUUCUUUUACUUUCUGCAAUUAUUUUGGUAUUAUUGUCUAUACUAUAAAUAGAGAAAAGAGCUGUCCAUCAGCACACUAAAUUUCUAAA